AUGUUCCGCACCUACGAACAUGGAUGUAAACAGUAUAAACCCACUCUCAGGUUUAUUUGCUCCAGUUUGUCACUAACGAUUUCAUUGUGCGAAUUUGCCUUAGCAGUUUACGAGUAUUCAUAUUCAAGAGGAGGAAAUGCAAUAGCUGCUAUUUUUACUUGCGUAUUCUCCUUCCACGGGUGCAUCACACUUUUAUACUUUAUUGGAAUAAUAAGGCGAAAUCCACCUCUUCUUGUCCCAUUUUUAACACUACAGCUAAUUUUUAUGACAUCUCUUGGUUUGUUAGUUAUUGUAUGGUGGAUAGCGACUCUGUUAGCGGCGUUUGAUUUGGUGCACUACAGGAGCCCAAUAGAAACCCUUACGAACAGCGAGUUUUUUAUGGCGGCCGGUGGUGUAUUACUUCUGCUUUUCUUAUUAUGGGCGAAGAUCUCACUCAUUCUCUACCGAGGCUACAUUUGCACUGAACGAGAGGCACACUACAGGAGAAGGUUAUCUUCUGGAUUACAUAUGUCUAGAAGUAAUACAUUCCCUCCUACUAUUGUUUAA